AUAACCCUCAGCAUAUAAAAACAGUACCACCGACUUUGAUGACAUUUGACAAUGUGAAUGUUAAUCAGCGAGAGCGUUUUUCUCUAACGUUACAUACAGGAAUGUAUAUUUCUCGUAGAAUACGAAUGAGAUUCAACCUAACAUUUAGGGAAGAGCAGGAUCUCCUUCUUCGCGUUGAAAAGGACUUUGACGAAAGUUUUUCAUUAUAUUGAGCAUGAUUGCAGAUAAACAUAAUGAGGACUAUCUUGAUGACGGAGUUCAUUUGUGAUAUGAGAUGAUUAUUCCUACAAAUAAGAAUGACGAUCCUUUAUUUUUAUUGGCUUUCGAUGGUAUCGAUUUGUUUAGGUUGUAAUGAAGUUGCAGAUGUAAUAUUUGUAUUAGACGGAUCAGACAGUGUAUCUUCCACAGACUUUCUUCAUGAAGUUACCUUUGUAGCAUCGGGACCUGCUCAAUAUGAAGUGCCCUCUGCCAAUAUACGUUUUGGGGCCAUCCUUUACGGCUCCCAAGUGUCUAAUAAAAUAAGCAUAGUCCCAAGCACAGAAAGCAAUCAGUUUGUGAAUAAAGUGACAGAAUUCAAACAAACAGGAGGAAAACCAUUACUUUUUCGUGCCUUAACAGAACUUCGAAGAGAAUUUUCUAAUAAUUACUGUAAAGAAAGUAGGCGGGUGGCUAUUGUGAUUGUAAGUGACAAACUGCAUAAUAGGAGUGUUGUGUUACGAGAAAUAAGAUUCUUAAGAAGUGCAGGAGUAAUAACAAUACCCAUUGGUGUGGGAGUAGAAGCUCAGGAAAAAGAUUUAAAAGACUUGCUGACCUUUGAAAAUCCAAUAUAUCAAAUAAAUAAUUUUAGUGAGAUAUAUCAGCUUUCCCAAGUCAUUUACAACACUGUUUGUGAAGGGAAAACAACAUUGUCUUGGACAACUUCAUUACCACUACCCGAAAGUCAAUUAUAUGUCGAAACCAAUACCAAGGAAGAGCAUUCCAAAAACGAUACUUUUUCUGCAAAUCAAUUGUCAAAUGCAAAGCAACUGAAAUAUGAAUUACGAAGAGCUAAAAACCCUUCAUUGGAUCGUUUACAGAUAGAAGUUCCAGAACUGAGAGAAAUGGUUGACAAACGACCAUCAAUACGGCCAUAUUUCAUAAACUAUUCACUGCUUGGCACCAGAGAUUCCAAAAGGAAAAACAAGGAAUUAAGACAUGACAGUGCCAAAUCAUUCAAGAAAACGGGGAAAAAAGUAACAGGGAUAAUUAUCAAAAACGAAAUUUGGGCAUCCACAUCAACUCCUGCAACGAAAACUUUUGCUCGAGAAAAACCAUGGACGACGAAAACAAGUGAUAAACCAAUGGGCAGAAAAAAAUAUAUGGAGUGGAUGGCGAAAGGUGUUGAUGAUUUCAAAACGUUUCUUAAAAAUCUUGAGAAACCAAUACACAAAAACACAGGUGGCUCUAAACUCAACUCACUGUUCACUACAAAGAAAAACACAAAUGUAGAUGUUAGCACUCCUAGCAAAUCAAAAACAGACAUCAAAAAACAAGUCACAGAUACUAGAAAAGUUAAAAGCUUUGUCAUAACUCAUUACAAUAACAGUUUUUCUGCUGGAAAACCCACGAGGAACCCAACAAUAAGUAAACACAGAAGUAGCUUGAGGAAAGUUACUGGAACUAAAUCUCAGGAUGGAACGAGAAGUUAUCCUAAUCCUACUAAGCAAUCCAUGCACAAUAAGAAAGUGAAUAGCAAUAUAACUACAACGCAACAACCCUCUCUUCGAAGACAUAAACAUGUAAAUCAUAAAACUCAAAAACCUUACACCAAAAGGUACAGAGAACUUCCAAAAAGAAAUCGACAUGUUUCAAAUGUCAAUACUGUUUCAAAGUUUUCUGGAAAUAGUAUUUCUUUUGAAAAGACUGACAGUGCAACAUUUCACGCACAGGUUUCAGAAGAACGAUCAGUGUAUACAGACAACAUUGUGUCGGGUAGACAAGUGAGACCAAUUUUUACACUAACUGGUUCGAUAGACAGAAAUGUGUUUUCUGGUGGCAAUAGUCUCCAGCUGCCAUCUACAGAUGACAAACAAAAUAGAGGCAAAGUAUCUAAGAAUGGACUUAGUCAGAACAGAAUAGUUCACGAAAGGCCUCAAAUUUCCAGCAAGUUAUAUAGUCCAUCUAAUGAAUUUUACAUUGAAAAUGGAGUUAAUUCAAUAUCAUACAAACAGCACUAUAAAAAACUCUUGAAUCAAGAUGCAAAAUCUGAUGAUUCCAUUAAAGCACCAUAUAUUUUUGAUGGUUCCAAAAUAUAUGCCACUGGAACCACUGGUCCUUUGUUUCUCUCACAUGAGAAGAACUACCAUGAGUCUUUUCCGACACAGUUUCCCACUACCCCUGUUACACAGAGUCGGGAAAAUAAAGAGCCGUUUUAUCUGACCGGACCAAACGAUGGUCACCUUACUCCGUCCAUUAUAGAAUCUUCUACCCAAGCAAGCAUGUUUAAUACAGAAAAAUUGACGACCAGACAUGCUAAUACUUUUCCGCCAAACUUUCUGGAGCUGCUAGGUAUUUCAUUAGAAGGAACUAAAAAACAAGCAGGAAAUUUAAAAAGUUCUCCGUUUUCUUCGUUGCCCCAGAAAACAGAGAAAUAUCAUCAACAAGACAUUAACGUUCACUUUUACCGCCAGUCCUCGUAUCUUCCUUCACCGUGGGGCGAACCUUCAGGUGUUAUUCAGGAUCUUCCUCUCCGCCCGUUUCGACAAAUGCCAGGAGAAAUAGGAUUGAGUUUCAGUGGUGAUCCAAGCUGUACAAAGAGUACCCACCCCAGUGACCCCAGGUUUUAUGUCGAGAGCCUGCCAAUGGGGUCUGAAAUCAGACCAUGUCCGCCGGGGACGAUUUUUGACAUAGAAACUUGUGGUUGUACUAAAUCGUUUCUUGUCAUUAAACAGUUCGAUUGUACUCCAGAAUUGCAGUUGACCUUUGAUAGUGACUUCAGUGACGUUACUGGAAAAAGCACCGUUGCCAUUAACAGAGUUCAUCUUCAGAAUAGCAGUGCUAUAUUUCAUGGCGAUGGUGAACUUCGUAUAUGGCGAUUUAGUGGCGGUUAUAUAGGGAACCAUUUAAUGAUAAAACUGAGAUUUAAACCAACAAAGUUUCAGGAACAGAAGCAGAUUCUGGUUGGCAACUGUGCCAAAGGGUCGGCGAUGUCUUACGGGGUUGAAAUUGAUACAAAAACCCGCGAGGUGGCCAUGACCAUUACAACAGUUAAUACAAGUGUAACAAUUAAAAUACAUUUUAAGAUGUUCCAUUGGAAUGAUCUAGUUAUGAUUUAUGACGGGAGCGAGUUUAAAGCAAUCCUGAAUGGCAAUAAAGAAGUUCUGCCACUAACUGGAGUAGUGGAGGAACGUUUGAAUCCAUUGAACAUAGGAAGGUGUGACCAAACUAAGCCGGGAUUUCAGGGAUACAUUGAUAAUGUAGAGCUUUCGUUUUGCGUGCCAGAGAUCUGGAAAAGUCUUUGAAUGCAUCAGUUUUUUGUUAUUUAUCAAUAAUUUUUGUAAAUAUAUAGGAGUAAUU